GGCAGGUCCGUUAGUUGGUCGCCGCGCGUCGGCGAUGUAACAUUUUGUUAUAUGUUAUGUCUUAAUUAUUCUCGUUACCUCGAUCGAUUUAUUACCUCGAUCGAUCUAUUUCGAUGGAUUCGUCGCACAUAUUGACCUUCAACAUCAUUAAGAAUUAUUAAAGCCUCAUCUAUUUUUGAAUGAAUAUCUAAAGAACUUGAAGUUAAAAAAUCGAACAAAAAGGAAAAGUGUCAAAGGCGAGUCUGCUGUUUUGUCGACAGAUAUGAGAACGGUGUAUAUGUAUGUUAUGUGUGUUACUACUGUGUCUAUUGCGUGUUUGUCGGCGGAACGAGUUCAUUUUUUCGUCCAAAGACUUCCUGUUUUAGUGACGUUUUCAAAGGAGCUUUGAAAAAGAGAAAGAAGACAAUUUUCAUGAAUAAAUCUCGAGAUUAAAAAAAAAAGGAAGAAAAGGAUAAAAUAUUGUUGAUAAUUAAAAUUGAUAAUCAUUUAAUAUCCGAUUGAUUUUCAGUGAUAUAAGAGUAUAUGCAAAUAUAACAUAAUAAUAUAUUUCGAGAAAUUUUUUAUAUUGUUAAAAAUUCGAAUCCGCACUGCUGUAUCGACAAAGAAGAAAGGUGUGGCGCGAAACCUGUACAUUCUUACAACAAAAGAGAUUAUCUCUCUCUCUCUCUCUCUCUCUCUCUCUCUCUCUCUCUCUCUCUCUCUCUCUCUUUCUUCAUCUUUGGACUUUGUCAUCUUGUUUUUUAUCUUCUUCAGUUUACUUUUGUUUUUUAUAUUUUGCUGAGGACAUACAAGAUACUUAUGAACAUUAAAACAACGUAAACACACCAUCAAGAAGAAUAUAACGAGAGCUUAUACAGAGAGUAUAUUUUUUUUCGAAGAUGUACGGGUGAUAAAAGAUCUCUCCUUCGUCAAAAUGUUGAUAAAGGAAUAUCGAAUUCCUCUGCCACUUACGGUAGAGGAAUAUCAAAUUGCUCAACUUUACAUGAUAGCGAAAAAAUCACGUGAAGAAAGCAGAGGUACCGGAAGUGGCGUAGAAAUAAUAGUUAACGAACCGUAUACCAAUGGUCCCGGUGGAAAUGGCCAAUAUACGCAUAAAAUUUAUCACGUUGGUAGCCACUUGCCAGGAUGGUUCAAAAGUUUAUUACCUAAAUCGGCAUUAAUAGCAAAAGAAGAGGCAUGGAACGCAUAUCCGUAUACAAAAACGCGAUACACGAGUCCAUUCGUCGAGAAAUUUUCCAUAGAAAUAGAAACUUAUUAUUUUCCUGAUAAUGGCUAUCAAGAAAAUGUUUUCAAACUAAAUGGUGCCGAUUUAAGAAACAGAGUCGUAGAUUUGAUCGAUAUCGUAAAAGAUCAAAUCGAUUAUGUCAAGGAAGAAGAUCCUAAAUUGUAUAUUUCUGAAAAAACGGGUAGAGGUCCACUAACGGACACUUGGUUAGAAGAUUAUUGGAGUGAAAUCAAAGGUAAACAACAGCCAACGCCAUCAGGGAAAUCGUUAAUGUGCGCUUACAAAUUAUGCCGAGUAGAAUUCCGCUAUUGGGGUAUGCAAACAAAGUUAGAAAAGUUCAUCCACGAUAUGGCAUUGAGGAAAGUGAUGGCACGAGCACACAGACAAGCUUGGGCCUGGCAAGAUGAAUGGUAUGGUUUGACAAUGGAAGAUAUCAGAGAAAUCGAACGGCAAACUCAGUUAGCACUUCAACAAAAGAUGGGUCUUGCUGAUUCCGGUGAAGAAGUAACUCAUGAUGAUGAUCAGGACACGAAUACAGGGAAUACCGGAAUGACACCUCAAGAAUCGAACGUCGCUAGGACAUUCGCAGCCACUUUGAGUAGUAUCGAAAAAAAUGAGGACCUUCAGAGUCCAAUGAGUAUUAGGAAACCUUCGGAUAUACCGAUCAUCAAUACGGCUGUUAGUUCAGAAGGUGAAGCUAGUCCUGAGGAUUCUCCAACGGAACCAUCUAAUGCUAGCCCGAUCGACGAAAAGAAUGAAAAGAAAUCAUGGAAGAAAAAUACAGCAAGUCAUUCACCUAGUUCAGCAAAAAAUAUGGAUAUACAAAUCGCAAAUUGGAGAAUGGAGAGUAUCGUUAGAGAAUCCGAAACCAGUAGCGAAGAGGAAUUCUUUGAUUGCCAGGAGCACUUUGAAGAUAACUCUUCAUUAGCUAAAUGGAGUUCUUUGGAUCUUCUAGCAGAAGAGGAUGAUGGUGCUUCUCCUGUGGCACCAACAAACAACGUGGAAGAAACAGAUACGAUAUUCUCACCGUCGUUUCUACAGCCAAUAGCAAGCGAACGUAGUAAAAGAUUGCAAAUUCACACAUCGACGAGCGUUGACGUUUCUUGUCCAGCGUCACCUCAACAUUCUCCAACUCAUCAAUCGUGUAAAACUACAGUACUUUUGAUCGUGAUGCAUGCCGGAAGCGUUCUAGAUGCCAACGUCGAUUUGACGGCUAAGAAAUCGGAUGUAACAACUUUUAGAGGUGCCUUCGAGUCUGUUAUGAGACAACAUUAUCCCAGUAUGGUCGGACAUGUUUCUAUAAAAUUUGUUUCAUGUCCGUCAAUAUGUACUGAAGGUCUAGGUGUUCUUUCAAGUUUAAGUCCAUACAGUUUCGAUAUGUCUCCAUCAUGCAUGGAUGCACCUCAAGUAACGAACGAUACUAUACCAAUCGGUGCAAUACCAUUACUGGCAAGUGCAAGCUCGGAUUACGAAGAAGCAGUCUCACGAGUAGUUACCAAUGCAAAUCAGAUUUAUCAAGAAUUUAUAAAGAGCGAGGAGGGUAAAGGUUUUAGUGGGCAAAUUUGUUUCAUCGGUGAUUCCGUAGGUUCGAUUUUGGCCUACGAUGCUUUGUGUAGAUCUACGCAUUAUCAUUCGAGAUAUAACAGUGAAAAUAAUAUAUUGGACACGAGUAAUCAAGGGACUGAAAAUAAUGGAAUUUCUGAGGAUGGUAAACAUUUAAGUGCAACUUUACCUAGAAGAAGAUCUUCUGGAACAAAUGACAGUUGCCAGCAAUGUAAAUUAGAGUUCGAGGUAGGAGAGUUCUUCAUGUUUGGCAGUCCAUUAGCACUCGUUAUGGCAUAUAGAAAAAUUUCAUCUCACGGAGAUAAGAAUAGUAAUAUACCAAAGCCAAUGGUGAAUCAAGUUUACAAUCUCUUUCAUCCAAGCGAUCCAGUAGCUGCAAGAAUCGAACCAUUGAUUUCCGCAAGAUUUUCUUUACUACCACCUGUUAAUGUUGCUCGAUAUCAGAAGUAUCCACUUGGAAAUGGGCAGCCUUAUCAUUUACUGGAAACGAUUCAAAGCAAUACACAAUUAUUUGCGGAUGGAUUAAACAUUCCUAACAUAUACAUGACAACGCCACUUCAACAAGCUCAUUUGAGAAGAUUGUCAGAUAUAUCGAUUCACAGUACUAUGUCUGGUAUCGUCGAUAAUUUUCCUUUACAAGUUGUCUCUGCACUGACGCAAAAAUGGUGGGGAAACAAACGAAUAGAUUAUGCUCUAUAUUGUCCAGAGGGUCUGGCAAAUUUUCCUACAAAUGCAUUACCCCAUCUCUUUCAUGCUAGUUAUUGGGAAUCAUCAGACGUAAUAGCGUUUAUAUUAAGACAGCUGGGUCGGUUCGAUUUACCUAUACUCGGUAACGAAGAAAAAGAACUUUCAUGUUUCCGUCCAGGUCAACCAAGAGAAAAAUGGAAUAAAAAACGCACUUCGGUCAAACUAAAGAAUGUUGCUGCUAAUCAUAGAGCCAAUGAUGUCAUCGUCGGAGAAGGUGUACCUCAAGUAUUAGUGGCCAGAUUUAUGUACAGUCCUAUAGACGUGAUAGCUUUAACAGGGGAAAAAGUAGAUAUUCAUAUUAUGAAGGAUCCACCUGUUGGCGAAUGGUCAUUUUUAAAUACAGAAAUUACAGAUAAAAAUGGUAGAAUAACUUAUAGAAUACCUGAUGACAAAGCUCUCGGUUAUGGACUUUAUCCUGUAAAAAUGAUAGUUAGAGGAGAUCACACUUCCGUCGACUUCUUUUUGGCUGUGAUACCUCCGAAAACAGAAUGUGUGGUCUUCAGUAUCGAUGGAUCGUUCACAGCAAGUAUGUCAGUUACCGGGAAGGAUCCGAAAGUUAGAGCUGGCGCUGUUGAUGUUGUCAGGCACUGGCAAGAAUUAGGAUAUUUAAUUAUAUACAUCACCGCUCGACCCGAUAUGCAACAGAAGAAAGUUGUAUCCUGGCUAUCUCAGCAUAACUUCCCUCACGGUUUAGUGUCUUUCGCGGAUGGGCUCUCUACGGAUCCGCUAGGUCAUAAAGCAGCGUAUUUAAAUAAUUUAGUCCAGGAACACCGUGUAAUAAUACAUCAAGCAUACGGUAGUAGCAAAGACAUAAGUGUUUACACGUCAAUAAAUCUCAAGCCAAAUCAAAUAUUCGUUAUCGGUGGAGCAUCGAAAAAACAUCAUGCUCUGGCGACAAUACUUCACGAUGGUUAUGCCGCACACUUGAGCAUGCUACAAGCACAUGGUGGUUCGAGACCAGCCAAAGGCAAUGCAAGAAUGGUAAUACCACGUGGACAAUUUGGUUUGCCCGGUCAGAAUGCAUCUUUACGACGAAGAAGCUCUUUUAGAACGGCGAAACGAGCGAUUUCUCAGCCAACUGUGGGAAAAAUCUUUCCUUUGGAACGAAGUACGAGCUUAGGACCACCAAGUUCGCCUCCAAACAUACCGCAUUCGGCGCCACCGAUCAAAAAUACCGCCACAGAAAAGCUCUGACGACUUACACGCUGCCGCUCUUUUUUCGAUUCCUUGCAUUGAUUUACGUGUGUUCGCAAUGUCCUUCAUCGAUUCCUAUUUUAACUUACGUAACACGAUUAACUUGAUAUCAACUCGAUAUCAAUAGGAAAAAAAAGGGAAAAAGUAAAAGAAAAAAACCAGAAGCUGCAAAAAUUCCCAUUUUUUUACUUUGGACUAUACAUCAUCAUUGUAAACAACUACAUUAAUCAUAUCGGAAAUUGUAUGUUAUAUCAUUAUGAGUAAUACUCUAAUACGUUAAUCAUAUCAGAUUUUUAUAAAAUUUAAUUGAUUUAAAAAAUUUUCAUAUCAUUGACACAAGUAAUUACUUAUCGUUGAUCUUAUCAAUGCGAUUAAAUCGUUAUAGAUUUUUAUUUUUGGUCGCAUAAUCACGAUAAUGUAUUAAUUAAAAUAUGUAAAAAUAUUUGUCGAUUAUCAUCGAUUCAAUGAUUUAACAAAAAUAUGCAUAAUGCAUGAAACAUGUGAAUGACUUUUUCAAAAUUCAACAUUUUUUUUUACAUCCUCUUGAAUGAUCAUCGUGAGAUAUAAUGACUUUGCAGUAGAUAAUAUAUGAAUUACGCUACAAUACAAAAGAGAAAGAAAUGUAUUCGUUCGAACUGUUAUCUGAUCUCAACUAAUUGUUAAUAUUUUAAAGAAAACUGAUUAUAACGUUGAACGUAAAUUAGUGUACAAAUGUUUCUCAUGUAUUUGUCGUUAUCAAUAUUUUUAUUAUUAUUGUACCUCGUAAUAAUUGUCAUCAUCAUCAACCAUUAUCAUUAUUAUUAUUAUUUUUUUAUUAUCAUUGUUAAAAGCAAUAAUUUUGAAGAAAUCUGCGUUUUUUACUAGAUCAGAAUUGAUUAUUCAUAUGUGAAUAUACGAAGAAAAUAAGAAAGAAAAAAUAGUAUUAAAUAAUUAUUUGUUACUCGAAGAAUGAGACAUAGAUCUAUUUCUAAACUAUUAGAAAUUUUUGCGCGAAAGUAUUAUGUAUAUAUAUUAGUUAUUACAAAUGUUAUCUAUGGGAUAGGUUUUAGAGAAAUAGUUAUUAUUUUUCUUUUCUUUUCUUUUUCUUUUUUUUUCUUUUGCUCGAUAAAACUUUGCACACAGGACUCUCUUCUAAAUAGAUGAGUGUAAAAGAUCAUGAAAUAAAUAAUAGUGUAUAUAUAUAAAUACAUACAUACAUAUAUAUAUAUAUAUACAUAUAUAUAUACAUAUACACAUAUAUAUAUAUAUAUAAUCACAGUGCAAAGCAAAAGGAAAGUGUGAGAAUCGAUAUAGAAAAUUUGUAUCGUCGAUUUACUACGUUUCUUUGAAUAAUAAAAAGACUGUAAGAGGAAGGAACAUUCACUUAUAAAAAAAAACCAUAUGAUAAUUUAAAAAAUAUACAUACAUACAUACAUACAUAUAUAUAUAUAUAUAUAUAUAUAUAUAUAUAUAUAUGUAUGUAUGUUUAUGUAUAUGUAUAUAUAUUUAUUCGGUUGUCGAAUUUAUGAAAAGAUGACACUAACGUCAAAUAUUCCUGGCAUGGUGAUUCGUUCCAAAGUAAAAUUAAGAAAAAUCUACUAUAAAAACGAGAUAUGAGAUAGGUUUGCGCCAUUGUUGUGUCCAUAUCGACUGAUAAUAAGUAGUAUCGUGUGUAUAAAUUAAACAUUUUGAUUUAUUACACGUAUAGAGUAAUCAUAACUUCACAUGCUCUAGUCUUUUAGAAAAAUGAUCAAACAUUACGUAUAAUUAUUCCUUUAUAUAUUAGAUUCGUUCUGAUGUGAUGUAUAAAAGAAAAAAAAAGGAAAAAAAAGAGAAAAAGAAAAAAACAACAACAACAACAACAACAUAAUUAACUACUAUAUUGACUGUUUAUAUUGUUAUAUGGCAUGUAAGAAAAAUAUUAUAAUAUACAUAUAAACAUAUAUAUAUACCUAUAUACAUUUAUACAUACAUAUAUAUAUAUACAUAUAUACAUAUAUACAUGUAUAUAUAUGUAUGUGUAUAUAUGUAUGUACGUAUAUAUGUAUUUAUAAAGUCAUCAUCAAAUUGCAUCAUCGGAAAUCCAGAAGAUGGAGAUGAAAAAAUGUUGGAUCAUUAAAAGAGAGAGAGAGAGUGAGAGAGAGAGAGAGAGAGAGAGAGAGAGAGAGAGAGAGAGAGAGAGAGAGAGGGAGAUGGUAGAAUUGCCUAUAAUAGCGAAUUUGAAAAGGUAUUUAAAUUAUUUUUAAUAAUGUUCGAUACAUUAUAGCGGUGAUGUACGAUUUAGAAAGAAAAGAAAAAAGAACGUAAAAAAAAGAAUAAAAAAUAAAAAUAAUAAUAAUAAUUCUUUGGAAGAUUUGAUCUUGAGAUAAGAUAAAAAUCAGUACUAUAGUCUCUUGGUAAGAUCCGUUUGAGUCAUUUUUUUACUUUUACACUGGUCGCAAAUUUUCAAUUACGAUAUUUUCUGUAUUUUCCUCUGAAGAAAAAAAAAAGAAAGAAAAAGAAAAAAGGAAAUUGUUGUUAAAGAUGAAAAGAACAAUUAUGAAAUAUUCAUGUACAGUGACGUAAACGCUGCACUGGCGUUUGAAAAAAAACAUAAAUAUGUAUAUGAUACUAGAAUUAUAAAUAUGACUGCAAAAAAUAUUUUACUUAUAUACCAAACUAUUGAUAAACUAUUAAACGUAAUAAGAAUUCUAUUUUUGUUAAUGUGACUCUCAAACGACGUGUCAUAACAAUAAUUAAUCAAAACUAAUUCAUUCUUUUAUAGUAAACAUUUUUGCUAUUAAACGUGAAUAGUUAUUUUAUAUAUAUACAUAUAUAUGUGUAUAUAUAUAUAUAUAUUGUUGAAUCAUUAUAUAAUUUUACUUGGAUAGUUUAAACGAGGAAAGAAAUUUUCUGCAUCCUGUUAUAAUGAUCAAUCAAUACAUGACUGGAGGAAAAAAAGAAAAAAGAUAAAAAAGAAAAAAAAAAGAAUCUAUAACACAUUUUCGUCAUUGUAUCAAAAUAUAACGAUGAAGCGAGAAAUUAUUUUCGUUAUAAAAAUUCAAAUUUCAAAUUUAAUAUUUAAAAGGGCAUGUAAUAUUCUUUUUACUAUAUGUAAUAUAUGCGUAUAUAAUAUAUAUGUAUUAGAUUACAAUUAUAGUUACCCAAUGCAGGAAAAUCAUGUUUUAGAAACUAUUAAGUAUAUACAUAUAUAUAAAUAAAUAAAUAAAUAAAUAAAUAAAUAUAUAUGUAUAUGUAUAUAUAUAUAUAUAUAUAUAUAUAUAUACAUAUACAUAUAUAUAUACACACACACGUACACACACAUAUAUACAUACGUAUUGUAAUAUAUUUUUAUACACUUGUCAUAUGUAUAUUGACAGAACCGUUGUAAUCCCACUGGCUCGAUUAAUUGUCCAUGCUGUGGAAAGUUGCUAUUAUAAAUAGGAAAGAUAAAAUUUCUCUUGUGUGUA